AUGGCCAAGCAGCUCCUACUCCAAGCCUCCCAAAUGCAAGAUGAUGAAGACAAUGAGUCUCAAUCCUCUUCAAGCUGUCAACCUCGUCAACAGAGUCCAAGCCCUGAUCGCCCUAUGAGAUGGUCUGACUAUCCCCAUAGUCAAGACCCUAACAAUGCUUAUGCCACCUAUGAGCUGAAUUCAGAUUGA